CCCCAUAGCCCGUCCCGGCCUCGCCCCAUAGCCCGUCCCGGCCGCGCCCCAUAGCCCGUCCCGGCCGUGCCCGCCGGGAGCCGAGCGAAAACUGUACAGCAGUCUCUGAAUUUUCGCUGCCCGGUCCAAACCAGAAAGGGAUUCCGAGCUCCAAAACCCCAGUUUCAAGCCAGGGCGGUGCGGCUCAGAAUCAAGGCGAGGAUUCCCAGGUUUCCAUGGAUUUUACCAGCCCUCCAUUAUCUCUCCAAGACAAUGGUUUUAGUAUGGUACCCACUGAUCCACUUGGGACACCCCUGGAAGAGAUUGAAAAACUCAAGGAAGAGCUGAGGAUAUGGAAGAUAAGACUUGAAGAUGAUGGGAAGGUAAAAGCUGACCUGUUUUACUCCAAGCUAGCAGCAGAGGCAGAGUGUGGCAGAGCAGAGAAGCAGCUGGCGGAGCUGAAGGAGCAGGAGAAGCAGAGGAAGGACAGAAUCACCAGCUGUGAGCAGGAACUCUUGAUGCUAAAGCAAGAAAACACUGAGCUGAAAAAGGAGAUGGAAAAGCUCAAAGAAGACCUGGAAGAACACAGUUCCCAGGAUAAUCCGUUGGAGGUUAAAAAGAAGGUGGCAGAAAUGCAAUUGAAGUUCACUCACCUGGAAGAGAUGAAGGAUGAUGGGGCAGAUGAGGAUAUGGACACCCACUGUGUGUUUGGGGUGGCCACAAAAACCCCCUUCAGACUCAACCACAACCAGGCACUGCUGACUUUUGAAGAUGAGGAAGUUGCCCAGAAGCUGACAAAGAUGAGCAAGCACUGUGUGAACCUGGACAACAGAACAGCAAAUGUGACAGUGAAGCCUUUUGAACUUGACAUGGGAUUCCAGUUUGAGCUCCACGUCACUGUCUCUGGAAAGAAGAUCAACGUUUCAGACAUACCUGAGCUUCCCAUUCCUGAAGAAUGGAUGAGAGACAAACUUGAGCUGCAUUUCUACAAAACUGAGCAGGCAGAAGGAGGAGGAGAAAUAGAAGAAGUGACCUACAACAGGGGGUCUGGGACAGGUGUCAUCACAUUCCUCAAGCCUGGAGCAAGCUACAACUUUGUGGGAUGUACUAAAUACCCUUUCUAUGCAGAGGAAAGGUGGUUCAUCAUUUCUGUCUCACCACAUUUUGAUUUCCACUUGAUGAAGUUUCAGCCACACUGCAGGGUUUCCAAGAAAACCAUUCUGCUGAAAGGAGUCCCAGAGGUGGAAGAGGAUGAAGAAAGUGUGCAGGACAUGAUUGAAAUUCACUUCCAAAAGCCAAGCAAUGGUGGGGGGGAGAUAGAGAAAAUCAAAUACAUCUCCAAAGGAGCAGCCUAUGUUUGCUUUGAGGAGGAUACUGAGAACUGAUGAAGUUUCAGGGAUUUCUGUAGAUAUUGUGCUUUAAUGCUCUGAGAUUGAUACUGUAGCAAAGGAAUCCCUGCCUUCCUGCCUUGUCUCGUGGCUCUGGCUUUGCACAGGGAGGCAGCAAAAGUCCCUGCCUGUGUUUCACAUGAGAGGCACAGACCAAGCCUUCAGCAGCCCCUGAGACUGCUCACAUUUUCUGCAGCUUUCCAUAUUUUAUACCUUGCAGAUCUAAAAAUACUCCAGAGUGGGAUGAGUGGAUUAUUUCUUACGUUCUGGAUGCAAAAGCCAUAUUUAAUUUAAUCCCAAUCCAAGCCUCCUCCCAGUCCUGCUUUAAGUGCCAGAGUUUCAGAAGGUGGCUCUGACACAGCUCCAGUCCUGCUGAGGUUGCUGAGUGCCACCAGAACUCAAACACCUGAAAGAAUCCUGUAAUUUCAUAAAAGCCACCUUAUCAAAUUAGUGAUAGAAUUAAAAUAGAAAAUGGGAAGAAUAGAAUUAAAAUAGAAAUUAAAAUAGAAUUAAAUAGAAAAAAACCCAAGAGAUUUCACUUUAAAAUGGCCUGGCAUUUGCUGCCUUUAGCUGUUUGUAGCCUGCUUUAUUGUUUGAUUUUAAUAUUUAUUUCUGCAAUUCAAUUUUCCUCAUUUUUGUUCAUGAUUUUGGUAAUUUAAAACGAUUUCAGCCAAGGAUUGAGCUGGUGCUGGACUUGGUUUUGUAACAGUGCUGCUGAACAGCCCUGAGGAAUCUGGUGAUCCAGGCUGGAGAGAGUGGUUUUCCAAGGAGGAAUGUUUUUCCUUUUCUGUUCUCAUCCUUGGAAAACAAAUCCUCCUCAGACUUUGCACUUUUGUCAUCCUUGGGUGCUGAAAUGGUUUGGCCCUAAUAGUCUUGUCUCCAAACUAACAUGAGCCUGACAUUGGAAAUAAUUUAUUUUUGGGGUAUUUGACAUCUUGAUGUGCAGGGAAAGGAGAGGGAAUACCUCAGGGAUUAUUAUUGCAGACAAACUGUUAACUGGCCAUGGAUAAAAGUUGAAUAUGGAAAGUUAAAAGGCUGCAAACACCAGAGUUUAUUUUGAAUUUGCUGUUGAGUGAGAUCCAUGUGACUGUAGCACCUCUCACUGUUUAGGGCAUGCAAAGGCAGGGAUUGAUUACCUGACCACUGGAAAAUAAUAAUAAUUACUUCAAACAAAGUAGUGCUGAGGAAUUCACAGAAGUUGUGCACUUUUGCACUCUCAAAAACGUGGUAAGACCAGACACCUUAAAAAGAGAGGGGGGAAAAAACCUGAGAAAGGCAAAAAAUAUCAUGAAUUUCAACUGUAUCUCACUGAUAAAUAUUGACAAGUAAAUCAUUAAAAAGGAAAAAGCUUAAAAUUCUCAUAAGGUGUGACUCAUGAGGAGUAGUGAGAAGCUGCAGGUUUUAAAGCCCAGAAAACAAAUCAGAUUUUUACACUUUAAAGACAAUGUCUGUAAAUGUCUUGCCUUUGUCUCUGAUGAAUUAUGGCUUGUGAUGAUUGCCCUGUUAAAUUUUAAAGCAGCAAUGGUGCUUUAAAGGCUGGAGACUGGUUUUAGUGAUGAACAAUAAGAAUAAAGUGUCAGUGAUGUGUCUAUAAA